ACGAUGCGGAGAGAAAGAGAACCUAACUGUAUGCGCUCAGACCUCCUUAUGUCACAGGGCUGGAAUAUUGUCGGGAUUUGUUCCUCCUUUUUUGCUUCCUAACCGUGUUUCUUAAGCGCGCAGGACAGCCGUGACGGGCAUCAACAAAAUCUCUGACAUAUCCACACACUCUAUCUUGUUCUUUCCCUCUCCCCCCCCCCCCAACACACACAAACACGCACACACGCGGAUAUGGGCGGUCAUGACGGGAAAUAUGUUUUUUAAAUUCAACAUUUGGACUCCACUGAGAGAAAUAAGGUGAGAACACCGGUUACGCAUUCUCACACCCACGCACGCGCGGUGCGGAUGAUGAGCAGGAGGAUUUGAGUCAUUUUUUCUUGCUGCUGCCCUGCAAAGUUGCCAUAAAAUCUGGGCACUUGAAUCGUGACAGUAUGGCAGAAUUUUCUGCGCCGUUUGGCGCAUUCAGUGUCCGUUGUCCUCCCAGGAUAUGGUGGUCCUGGAAGGUUUUUUUUCUGCUAAGCGUCUUCUUUCACAACUACCUGAGCUCCUUGCUAGACUGUCCGCCCACUUGCACAUGUUCGCCUACAGAGAUCUACUGCAAUAGAUCAGACAACAGCAAAUUCUUCCCGCUGUUGUCUUUCCAGGGCGCCGGUAGCGCCGGGAACAGUACCGGGAGCAUCGAGGACCUUUUCCAGAACAUCACCUCCAUACACAUUGAGAACUGGACUGGUUUGCAGACCUUGCGGGAUGUGGACAUGGAGCUCUACACUGGCUUACAGAGGCUAACUAUUACGAGGAGCAACCUGCACAUGAUCCAUACUCGUGUGUUUUCCAAGAACCCCCACCUGCACUACAUAAACCUGUCCAAGAACCCCAUGUUGACCACAUUGUCCUGGCAGAUAUUUGAACAUCUGCAGCUUUUUGAACUUCAUUUAGAGGAGGUGGUGUUUGCCUGUGGCUGUGAGAUUCGUUGGCUGCAGCUAUGGCAACAGAGAGGAGAGGCGGGGCUAAGCAACCAACAGUUAUACUGUGCUGAUGACAUAGAAGGAACUGGAAGGAUGGAGGGAAGAAAGAUACAGCUGCAUGAUAUGAACAUUAGCAGCUGUGACCUGCCAGAUAUCAGUGUCAGCCACAGCAACCUCACUGUUGUCGAGGGUGAUCGAGUAACAGCAAUCUGUAAUGGCUCUGGAUUCCCGUUACCUGAAGUGGACUGGCCUGUCAACGGCUUGCACUCAAUCAAUGCACAAGAGGCCAGAGUCUAUGACAACAACACUAUUCAUUCCAUCAACAUAACUUUGGUCAAUGUGAGCAGAGACGACAACAACUUCCUGCUAACCUGCACUGCCACCAACAUAGUGGGCAUGACCAACGCUUCCGUCCAGCUAACUGUCCACUUUCCUCCCACUAUUGUGAGGUUAAUGGAGCCAGAACGGCGCCAUGACACGUGCAUAGAAUUUACUGUUCGAGGUUCACCCCACCCCACUUUACGAUGGUUCUACAAAGAUGAGGAAAUAACCCACACAGAGUAUGUGCGUCCUGAUAUGGAUAUUUAUCAGGACUACAUUGAGGGCUGCCUAACCUUUAAAAACCCAACACACCACAACAAUGGCAACUAUACUUUGGAGGCCAGCAACUACCUUGGUGUGGUCAACAGUACUGUGUACGGGCACUUCCUGGACAAGCCCUUUGAUGGUCCAGACACAGAUUAUGAUUAUGCAACACCAACAGAGGAGUCUCACAAACCGGAGGAGGAUACCUUUGGGGUCUCCAUAGCAGUAGGCUUGGCAGGGUUUGCCUGCGUGAUGCUGGUGAUUCUCUUCCUUCUCAUCAACAAAUAUGGAAGGCGCUCUAAAUUUGGCAUGAAAGGACCAGUAGCAGUGAUAAGCGGUGAGGAAGACUCUGCCAGCCCACUUCAUCAUGUGAACCAUGGGAUAAUCAGCCCCUGCACGCUGGAUGCUGGACCGGAUGCUGUGGUGAUUGGAAUGACCAGGAUCCCCAUCAUAGAGAACCCACAGUACUUCAGACAUGGACACAACUGCAACAAACCCACCACCUAUGUCCAGCAUAUUAAACGGAGGGACAUUAUUUUGAAGAGGGAGCUCGGAGAGGGAGCCUUCGGCAAGGUCUUUCUGGCUGAAUGCUACAACUUGAGCCCCACCAAGGACAAGAUGCUAGUAGCUGUAAAGACUCUAAAGGACCCCACUCUUGCAGCCAGGAAAGAUUUCCAGCGUGAGGCUGAGUUGCUGACCAAUCUCCAGCACGAGCACAUAGUGAAGUUCUACGGUGUGUGUGUGGACGGAGAUCCGCUCAUUAUGGUCUUUGAGUACAUGAAGCACGGAGAUCUAAAUAAGUUUCUCAGAGCCCAUGGACCAGACGCUAUGAUCCUGGUGGACGGACAGCCUCUGCAGACCAAUGGGGAGCUGGGUCUGUCCCAGAUGCUUCACAUAGCCAGCCAGAUUGCAGCUGGGAUGAUUUACUUGGCCUCUCAGCACUUUGUGCACCGUGAUCUGGCAACCAGGAACUGCCUGGUGGGGAAUGGCCUUCUGGUGAAAAUAGGAGACUUUGGCAUGUCAAGGGACAUUUACAGCACAGAUUAUUACAGGGUGGGAGGUCACACUAUGCUGCCUAUCCGCUGGAUGCCUCCAGAGAGCAUCAUGUACAGGAAGUUCACCACAGAGAGUGAUGUGUGGAGCUUUGGAGUCAUCCUGUGGGAGAUCUUCACUAACGGCAAGCAACCGUGGUUCCAGCUCGCCAAUAAUGAGGUGAUAGAGUGCAUUACUCAGGGCAGGGUACUGGAGCGUCCAAGGCUCUGUCCCAAAGAAGUCUACGACAUGAUGCUAGGCUGCUGGCAGAGGGAGCCACAACAGCGCCUCAACAUUAAAGACAUUCAGAAGAUGCUGUUCACUCUGAUGAAAGCCACACCAGUCUAUCUGGACAUACUAGGUUAGGGAUGGAUAUGAGAGGAAAAUAAUCUGAUGACUUUAAGGUUGGAUUAGAUCAUAAAAUGAGGACACUGGGCCAU